AUGGCCACUCCCGGAGCUGAGGUGAGGAGUCGCAUGGCCGCGGUCUUGCAAACGGUUGUUCCCGACGAUGAGAAGGAGCAAGUUUUGAAUGCCUCUUAUACACGGGUGGAGUUCAUGAACUGGGCGGCGAAGAUCCCCGCUCGCCCCACGACGACUACGCCCCUAGGGGAAGGCUCACAGUCAGAGCCCGCGGAGUGGACAGACGCAGAGAGAGCUUCAAUUCGGGAAGCUACGCUGAAGGACGCCGAGGAGGAGCUGUUCAUGAAUCAGUAUCCCGAGGCGUCCCUAGAGCGAUACAAAGAGUGUGCCAACAAGCGAGAACUCUACCCCAAGGCGACUAUCGAGCACGGAAUCAGGGACCAGCGCCACCAGUAUUGUCUCGACCAUGGUCUGGAAUAUGUGUUUCAGAUGGCUGAACCUGUGCUUGGGGAGGGUUGUUCGCGCGAACAACAAGUCAAGGACGGUCUGCCGAAGAAUCACUUUCCCAGGUAUCGAGAUACGGGUUUUGGAAGAGUAGAACUUCCUAAAGCUCCGAAGAUGAGACGUGCUCCAAACUUGAGGCAUUCCAGAGAUGGACCGCUACACCCAAAGUCGGGUGGUAGCCCGGCCUGGCACUUGGAAUCCAGUUCUCAAGCCGACGAGUCCAAUGUCCGCACACCGGUGACAGGCCACAUCAUGACUUCAGAGCGUAACAGGCAGCCCACGCGAUCGAGGGACCUUAUCGAAGCACAAAAGAACGUGCCCACACAGGGUUUGCUUCUCAAAAUAGAAGAAGCUGCCCGUGAAAGACAUGAGGAAGAUCACCAGAAAUUGGUAGAGAUUCGUAAGCAGUCCGAGCCGGAUUUUGUGGAUCCAUAUCCGACACCGCCGAGAGACACGACUCCUCCGAGUAAUGGCAGGCAGCUGCGCAGCGCAACAAAGUCUCCCAGCAAGAGAAAGUCGGAAAGUGAGUCUUCUCCCAGCCCUAAGAAGCCACGACUCAUUCUCCACGGGCCGAAGCCGAGAAAGCGCUGCAAUUGCGGGCAAGCCAAGCUCGACGACAUGAUAGCCUGCGGCGGAAAAGCCUGCAAAGUCAGAGGUCAAGGACAUCCCAUUCCGUGUGUCCCACGGGCUGCUGCACCUGCUGCCGGCGAAGAGCAGUAUCGCAGGGAAUGUCGCCCUCCAUCGCAGUCCUCACGACGAUAG